AUGGACCACACAAGUGGAACGUCAAGCGCAGUAACCUCUUGCGAUAACCAUCUUGAGAAACAUUGGGAAAGUACCUGGUUAGGCAACGAGCGAUGGCAGCAAAUCAAAACCCUCCGAGAAGACAAAGAGAAGGCAGGCAAAGCACCGCUCCUCAUCCGCAACUCCCCGCGGCCAACUCCCAAGAAACCCACUCCUGAGAACCCUGAAAUGAGAAAACAAGCCCUCCGCAUCUACGAAUCAGGCAAAGAUGCACCAAAGGGGAAGCCGUGGUUCCCAAUAUCACGCGACUACUUAUCCGCGCCUCAGAUGGUCGCAGCUCCCAUUGUUCCCACCGGCUUUGGCGCUUCACUUGCCGAGUACAUCUUCGGGCCAGAAUCUGGUUCCCAAUUUAACACUGCGGACAACUGCCUUGUCAUCCACUGUUCAGUCGAGGACGCCUUCCUCGGUGGAAAAUCUGUCCUUCUUCCUGCCGAUCUGACAGGCUUUCCCCUAAAGAUUUGGAAAGUCCAAAUCACAAAUCUGUCCACGAAGAACGCAGACCUGGGACGCCGAACCCUCGGGGUCGUGGACGGCGAAGUUCUGGCCUUCAAAACCGGCAACAGACCUGCAGCGAGAUUCCUCUAUUUCUAUUACGGUAUAACUUUGUCAAGAAACAAACGAGAUCGACAGCCUGGACGGAGAAGUUCUGCAUCAAGUUGCCUACCGGAAAGCCGUUCGCGGCGACAACGUCCGGGCCCUAGUUACGCCACUCCAUGUUUCUCGCACUGGGAAAGAUGA